AUGUCUACAAGCAAUUAUAAUGACACGCUGUCUGGUAACCUUAUCCCGGCGAACGCAGUAAUGAACCCGGAAUUGCUUAGGACUGGCAGCGGAAGCGGCCCCCAAGAUGUUGAACCACAACAACAAAAUGACCGCAACAGCGUGAUCCAAGACCUGAGCUCACCAGAUGCUAUUCAACGGACAGGCAGAAGCGACCAGAGCUAUACUGUCAUCGGUUGGGAUGUCAAUGACCCGGAGAAUCCCCACAACUGGUCGUUUUUCAAAAAGACCUACAUUCUCACGGUAACAUGCAUGCUCGUCACCAAUUCAACCAUGGGCUCGGCCCUCCCCUGCAUGGCCAUCCCCCAGAUCAUUGACGAAUUCGGCAGCGUCUCGCAAGAGCAUAAAGUCCUUCUCAUUUCCAUCUUCCUCCUCGGCUACGUGUUUGGUCCCGUCAUCUGGGCACCGCUCAGUGAGGAGUAUGGCAGAAGAUAUCUUACCACCGCGACGUUCUUCGCCUAUUGCCUCUUUACCAUGGCAUCCGCCUUGUCACCAACAUGGUCUUCAUUGCUAGGAUUUCGUCUAUGCUCUGGCGUGUUUGCCAGUGCGCCUAUAGCCGUGGUAGCCGGCAUACUGGCAGACAUAUAUGGCGAUGCUCGUGUACGAGGCAAAGCGUACUCCGCCUUCUUAGUCACAACAGUAUUCGGCCCCAUCUUCGGGCCAAUAGUAUCAGGGUUCGCGUCACCAACUAUUGGCUGGCGCUGGACAUUCUGGAUCGCCCUUCUCUACGCAGGUCUCACAUUCAUCAUGCUCAUCUUCCUCCCGGAAACUCAUCACCAGAUCCUCCUCGCCCGCCGCGCCAAGAAGCUCCGGCAGCAAAGCCAAUCCGCCACCAUCGUCGCCCCCCGCGACCUCGAGACAACCGACCUCCCCCAGCUCGUCAGCAGGGUACUCACCCGACCCCUCCGCAUGCUCUUCUUCGAGCCCAUCGUCGCCGCGACUUGCUCCUACCUCGCACUUGCUUACGCUAUCUUUUACAUGUCCUUCCAGGCGUUCCCAAUCAUCUUCCUCCGCCGCUACGGUCUUUCCCCCGGCAUCACGGGGCUCUGCUACCUGCCCAUCGGAGCAGGCGCCUUCCUGAGCAUGGUCUGCUUCUGGAGUUGGGACGCCUACGUCGCUCGCGCAUCUUCCCGCGGCGCAGUGUGGGCCACAACUGAUGAAUACCGUCGUGUGCCGCUCGCCACCGUCGGUGGUCCGCUGUUUGUUAUAUCUCUCUUCUGGCUGGGCUUCACCGCGAAGCCGAGUAUAUCUUUUGUGGUGCCCAUGCUAGCGGGGCUACCCUUUGGGAUGGGCUUCCAACUUAUCUUCAUGACCUUGUUAAAUUAUCUGACGGACGCGUACGAGGUGUAUGCUGCUUCCGCUAAUGCGGCCGCCUCCGCGACACGGUCCUGCCUAGCAGUUGUGUUGCCGCUAGCCACAAGAGCCAUGUUCAAUCAGCUCGGUAUAUCCGGUGCGUGUGCCGUCCUGGGAGGGCUGAGUGCUGCCAUGAGCGUUAUUCCAUUCGUAUUCCUGUGGAAGGGACAAGCCAUUAGGAAUAAAUCGCCGUUUUGUAUUGCAUUGCGACAGAUGAAGGAGGACUCGUUGCGUCAGGAGGAACAGAACCGGCUGGAGAAGGAUAAAGAGGCCAACAGGGCUCAUGAUGUUUGA